GAAUAAAUACCGUCGCAAUGGCACCAAAGGACGCAGCAAAGGGCAAGGGCAAGGCCGGCAAGUCCAGCAAGCCAUCCGCAAAGGCUUCGGCGGCAGCAAAGGCCACUCUUCGCGGAGUCAACUCGCACAAGGUCACCAAGGUCCGAAAGAGCACCUCUUUCCACCUCCCAAAGACCCUCACCAUCUCGCGUGCGCCAAAGUACCCACGCAAGUCGAUCCCAUCGCAGCCACGCCUCGAUGCCGGCAAGGUCAUCAUCCACCCUCUCAACACUGAGAGCGCCAUGAAGAAGAUUGAGGAGCACAACACCCUCGUCUUCAUGGUGGAUGUCAAGGCGAACAAGAGACAGAUCAAGGAGGCUCUCAAGAAGCUGUACGAUGUUGAUUGCAUCAAGAUCAACACUCUCAUCCGCCCAGAUGGUUCCAAGAAGGCUUUCGCGCGCCUAACCCCAGAUGUCGAUGCUCUCGACAUUGCUGCCACCAAGCUUGCCAUCGUCUAAGCUGGUGCGUCAAAAGUUCAGAAGUCUCGCAGUUAGCAUGGGCGUUCCGGCGCAUGGCCUACAGAAUGGGCUUGGAAGGAGGAUCACGAUUUCGCCGAAAUGGCAUUGCGACCUGGCAGGAUACCCAGCGCGCCAGCCUUUGGCAGUGUGUAGAAUCUCACAUACGACUGCCAUGCUAUCAUGCUUGACUUC